AGUAGUGCCCGUGUAGAGUAUCGCUCUACGCGCUUAUGUAGAGCAGCCCGCUUUUCGUUUGUUGUCAAAGGUCCUACGGUUUUCCUCCUGUCCUGUCCUGUCCUGCCCCGUUGUCGCUGCUGUGUUUAGGAUCCCGCGGGUGCGGAUUCCGUGAUCGCGAAUCUAGUGGACAUUCUGUGGUGCUCGUGCGUUGGCCGGGGCCCUGUGACAGCUGAACCGACCGAUUGAGGCCAGGUGGAAUCGAUUGUCGAAAAAAAAAACGAAACAAAAAAGUGUGUUUUAGCGCGUCAUCAUGAAGCUGUUCGCUACAAUUCUGAUUGUGGCUUGCCUUGCGGCAUCGAACCUAGCGAGCCCAGCCCCGGACUGCCCACCGAGCGGCCAUGUACAUGGGGGAUACUCCUACGAAGCGCCAUCGGUCCAGCUGUCGGUCGGUAAGGCCAUCAACUCGGUGAGCGUGACGCCCGGUUUCUCCUCGUACUCGGUCGAUGGUGACGUGAAGUACGCCUCGGUUGGACCCUCGUACAGCUCGUACGAAGCCUCGCCAGCCUACAGCGCGUACGGUUCGUCGGAAGCCGACCUCAAGCUGACCAGCUACGUGCCGGCAGUGAAGACGGUAGCGGCCGCUCCGGCCGUCACCUACGCCAAGACGGCCGGUGUCGUCUACGCGGACAAAUCACCGGCAGCCACCUUUGCCUCGGUUGUACCGUCGGGCAUCAGCUACAGCAAGACGAUCGCGGCCGCACCAGCCUAUGUCGCACCGGUGGUCAACAAGGUGUACACCAGCGCUCCGGCCACUACCUACGUCUCGAAGGAGUACCUUCCGGCCGCCGUCAAGACCAGCGAGCUGUCCUACGUAGCCCAGCCGGCCGUCAGCAAGUAUGUGGCCGGUCCGGCCGUCGCCUCGUACGUCUCGAGCCCAGCGGUCAGCUACUCGUCGUCCGCUGCCAUUCCAGUGGCCAAGGUUGCCAGCUAUGCGGCUGCCCCGGUUGCCAAGGUCGCCACUUAUGAGGCUGCCCCGGCCGUUGCCUACACUGCUUCCUAUGCUCCGGCGGCCAAGGUUGCCGCGUACACUCCAGCCGCUACCUACGCCAGCUACAGUCCUGCCGUCAAGGUUGCCUCGUAUGCUCCGGCUGCCAGCUAUGCCAGCUACAGCCCGGCCACCACCUACUCCAGCUACGCACCGGCCGCUACCUACUCCAGCUACGCGCCGGCCGCUAAGAUUGUCUCGUACAGCCCGGCCGUCACCAGCUAUGCUGCCUAUGCUCCGGCUGCUAAGGUCGCCUAUGCUGCCCCGGCUGCCAGCUAUGCCAGCUCGUAUGCUACCACCUCCAAGCUGGCCUAUGCCGCUCCAGCUGUUACCAAGACUGUCGUGUCGGCCGCUCCAGCAGUCGCCACUUACUCCUAUGCUGCUCCAGCGGUCACCAAGUAUGCCGCGACUCCAGCUGUGGCUUCGUACUCGUAUGCUGCUCCGGCCGUCACCAAGUACGCUGCCGCUGGUCCUGCCGUGGCCUCGUACUCCUAUGCUGCCCCGACCGUCACCAAGUACGCCGCUGCCCCGGCUGUAUCGACGGCGUACGUGUCCAGCCCAACCGUCACCAAGUACAGCACCGGUGCCGCCGUGAGUGGCUACGUGGCGCCUUACUCCGCUGCCGCCUAUGCCCCAGCCGUUAGCAAGUACGUCUCGACACCGGCCGUAUCCUCGUACUACGCUACCCCCGCUGUGUCGAAGGUCGUUGCCACUCCGGCCGUAUCGUCGUACUACGCCACACCCGCCGUCUCGAAGGUCGUUUCGUCCCCAGCCAGCUAUGCUUCGUACGCUAGUGUGCCGGCCACAUACUCCGCGGGAUACGUAGCAGCCCCAGCCGUUGCUAAGGUAGCCACCGCCAGCUAUGGACCGGCCGUCGCUACCUACAGCUCCGGUGCCGCCGUCUCUAGCUAUAGCCACGGAUCGGACUACUCGUCCUACUCCGUAGCGCCGGCUGUUUCUAAGGUGGUCGCUACUCCGGCCGUCGCUGCAUACAGCGCUGGACCAGCCUAUUCUGCGUACUCCGUAGCGCCAGCCGUCUCGAAGGUCGUCGCCACGCCGGCCGUCGCUGCAUACAGCGCGGUUCCGGCCGUCUCCAAGGUCUACUCGACUCCGGCCGUUGCUGCCUACAGUGCUGGCCCAGCCUACUCGACCUACUCCGCUGCCCCGGUCGUUUCCAAGGUGUACUCGACUCCUGCCGUUGCUGCGUACAGUGCCGGCCCGGCUUACUCAGGAUACUCGGCUGGUCCUGCCAUCACCAACUACGCCACGGGCUCGGCCGCCAUCGCUGGCUAUGCCACGACAGGAUCCUCCCACGGAUACUACGCUGCUGGUCCAGCGGUGAGCAGUGCUCACUAUGGUGGAUUCCGUUACGCGGCUGCCGCUCCGGCCCUUACCACUGCCUACACUGCACCGGCCACCGUCGUCAAGACCGUUGCCCCGGCCACCGUCGUCAAGACGGUCGCCGAGAAGUACGUGGAACACUACGAUGAUAACGCACGUUAUGCCUUCGAGUAUGGCGUCAACGAUCCGCUGACCGGUGAUAUCAAGCACCAGAAGGAGGAGCGCGACGGUGAUGUCGUGCGCGGUCAGUACUCGCUGGUUGAGCCGGACGGUAAUGUGCGCACCGUCGACUACUACGCCGACUGGGCCACCGGAUUCCAUGCCACCGUGACCAACAGCCGGGAUCAGGUGCACGCCACCAAGGUGCUCGGCAAGCGUGACACCGUGAAGGCGUAAGGUGGACCAUUUUCCAUCUAGCAAUUCUACAAACAUACGUCCUCCUUCCCCCAAACACAUAAACGCACACACAAACAAACACAUUCCUGCCACACAUCCGCCCCCGGACCAGGACGACUGUGUACCGUCCGAUCGAUCGAUCUCGGUUUGAACAUCCGGACGCCGUGACACUUGAGUUAUUGUUAAUAUUUGAUUUUCAUUUUUUUUUUUACAUUAAUAAUGCGUCAACGCCAACGCUAAACGCUCUCCUGCUCAUCUUCAUCCCCUGUGGUCCUCUGUGGCUGUGUGUGUCGCGUGGGCUCAUCCGCACUCCAACCCGUACCAUUCCAUUGGCACCACCGGCUCCACGGUGUGCGCUGUAUUUUUCAUUUAUUUUGUGUUAUUAAUGUUUAUUUAUUUGGUGGUAGCCAUGCACGUGGUGGUGAGUAGGAGGAGCAGAUCGUAGCAUGUAACGUGACACACGCAGGCACGCCGAGAUCACGAGACGAGUUCGCUCACUCCGAACUUCCCUUUCAUCACGCAUUAACACGUGUGCAGGAAUGCACCAUCAGUAGCACGUGAUGCUGAUGCUGCUGCGCGUAGGAGUGACUGGAUUCGUUUGCGUUGCAAAAUGCGUGCGCCACGUGUGUUUCUGUUGUGUAUACCGUUAUUCCUUUCGGACACCAGAUCAGUCGCUGUAAAUAUAAACCAACCAACCUGUACCCUUGUUUUGUGACCAACCAAUUCCCACAAUCCCGGGCCCCCCCCCGCUCUUUUGGACCUUUUCGUUCUUCCCCAAUGAUUUCUCAUGCUGGAUUCACCUAAAUUCGCCACUGACCAUCACGCCAGGACACUUUUGAAACGAACAACAACAACAAAAGGCAACAUAAAAAGGGUGAAGAAACCGCAAACCCGUUCGCUCAGUGGCUCAGUGUUGGCAAAGUGCGCCAGUGCCCAUGUUAUAUCUUUGUGAUAGAAGUGUCAUACAAAUAAAUGUAUUUUUAUUAUCCGUG